AUGAUCCGGCAGGAGCUCUCCACAUCCUACCAGGAGCUGAGUGAGGAGUUGGAUCAGGUGGUUGAGAACUCAGAGCGGGCGGACGAGCAGGAAAAGGAGACAGACAGAGUCCAAGGUCCAGGAGUCUUACCAGCCCUGGACAGCGAGUCGGCCUCCAGCAGCAUCCGCUUCAGCAAGGCCUGCCUGAAGAACGUCUUCUCGGUCCUGCUCAUCUUCAUCUACCUGCUGCUCAUGGCGGUGGCCGUCUUCCUGGUCUACCAGACCAUCACAGACUUCCGUGAGAAGCUCAAGCACCCUGUCAUGUCGGUGUCUUACAAGGAGGUGGAUCGCUACGACGCCCCAGGGAUUGCUCUGUACCCGGGUCAGGCCCAGUUGCUCAGCUGCAAGCACCAUUACGAGGUCAUUCCGCCUCUGAGGAGCCCUGGCCAGCCAGGCGACAUGAACUGCACCACCCAGAGGAUCAACUACACAGACCCUUUUUCCAACCAGACCCUGAAAUCCGCCCUGAUUGUGCAGGGGCCCCGCGAGGUGAAGAAGCGGGAGCUGGUGUUCCUCCAGUUCCGCCUGAAUGAGAGUAGCGAGGACUUCAGUGCCAUCGAUUACCUCCUCUUCUCGUCUUUCCAGGAGUUCCUGCACAGCCCAGACAGGGUGGGCUUCAUGCAGGCCUGCGAGAGCGCCUAUUCCAGCUGGAAGUUCUCCGGGGGCUUCCGCACGUGGGUCAAGAUGUCCCUGGUGAAGACGAAGGAAGAGGACGGGCGGGAGGCGGUGGAGUUCCGGCAGGAGACCAGCGUGGUUAACUACAUUGACCAGAGGCCCGCCGCCGAGAAAAGUGCUCAGUUGUUUUUUGUGGUCUUUGAAUGGAAAGAUCCUUUCAUCCAGAAAGUCCAAGAUAUAAUCACCGCCAAUCCUUGGAACACAAUCGCCCUCCUCUGUGGGGCCUUCUUGGCGUUGUUUAAAGCAGCAGAGUUUGCCAAACUGAGUGUGAAAUGGAUGAUCAAAAUUAGGAAGAGAUACCUUAAAAAAAGAGGUCAGGCAGCAAACCACAUAAGCUGAGGUGGCCUCGUGGUGUUUGUAGAACUGCCCCCGGUGAUGGAAGUUCUCGUCACUUCUGUUUUGGUACACGGAGCAACCGGUGGCCCUGUGCUCACUUGAAACGAGCCUCGCUGCGAACAGCAGCCUGCCAGACCGCAGCUUCGACCCUGGCCCCAAAAGAGGAUGUUUAGA